UCCCUGAAGAACAGGCUGUCUGCCACUUGCCCACUGGGGCCUCGGCAUUGCGUAGCCCCUGGGAAGACGGUGUGAGAGCCACUCUGUGCGCUCACAGCACUUUGCUCCUGUGCAGCCAGACGGCAGUGAGCGCAGCAGCCACAGAAGCCCGAGCGGAAGGGCAGCAUUAGGGUCAGCAGCUCCAGGGAGCAUCCUCAUCCUCGUGGGGUGAGGAGAGAUGCAGGCUGGCCCAGCCUGCAUUGUACCCCUUGUUCUGAGCAGGGGCCAGGUACUCUGUUCGUAAACACAUCCCUGUUUACAAAGGGCUGCAUUGCAGUGCAGUGUGACCUGAUGAUGACUGAUACUCACGUCACUGUGUGCCCCACGAACUCCUCCACGUGAAUUAGAAUUAUCUUAUAUAAUCUUCAGAACAGAACCACUUUAUAAAUGAGGAAACUUAAGCUCUGAUCGUAUAGCCAGGACGCACCAAAGUAGGUGUUUGAAGCCAAGCAAUCUGGCGCCAAGGCCAAGGUUCGAGACAGUCCCGCUAUUCUCUAUGCUGCUUUGGGUGGGUCAUUUCCCUUCUUUGGGCCCAUCUGGCUGUGAGGACUUUAGGUGAGGAGACUUCUGAAGGUCUCACCAGCCCUCGCCAGUGCCUAGUUCCAGCACGGUCUUCUCCUUGGCCACUGUGAGGUUCUAACCAUGUUCCCCGUGAAGUAGUCAGGGGCAGGGCUGCCAAAGCAGAAUCAGCCCAUUUUCCAGACUCCUGGGCCUGCGUCUACGUCUGGUAGGCUAUGCUGUUCAUUCAGGGUCCUCCCAAAGAGGGCCGUCCUGGACCCUGAUGACAACCUUCUGGGUGUGAAGGUAACACCAGCGUAUGCAGGCAGGCCAGACGUGCUGCACAGCCCGGCCUUGUGGAGCAGAACGCCACCCCCCACCCCGCCUCUCGUCGCCAGGAGUGUGCAGCUUGCCCGUGAACGCUUGUCAAGGGCUUCCUGUGCUAAGUAGCUUAUGUACGUUAGCACACUGAAACCUCCCUACAGCCCUCAGGGAUGACUACCAUGUUCCCCGCAUUUUAAAGAUGAGGAAACUAAAGCUUCAGGAGGUUCCUGGCUCCAAACUCUGAAGUUAGUAAGGGGUGCAGGACCUCCUACUACAGCACCGGCAGGCAGCCUUCGUCCUGGCUCCUGCUGGCCGUGCGGGCUGGGGGCUCCCACAGGCUAGGCUGGCACGGCCCUCCCUUUGUGCCAGCAGGACAGCACGGAGCAGGCCUUUUCAGUGGGGUGGUCCUUGCACAGCCCACUAUCAUCCAGGACUAUUCUUUGUUGCCCAGAUGGCAGCUCAAGUGCAAGGGGAUGAGACAUAGGGAGAAGUGGGGUUCCCCUUGGCUUGGAAGCGUCGUGUCCCAAGGCCAGCUCUAAUCCCCAGGUUCCAUAAGCACAGCUUCCAGGUCCCCAUGAGGGACAUGGCCCAGCCGAGCCACUGCACUGAGGAAGCCCGGUGGGAAUGGAUGUGUGUAGUUCACAUGGAGAACCCUAGAACACGUAGUUUACAACUAAGGGUCACUUUUACCAUAAUCACCGUUGCCUUGAAACAGUUGACAUUCUAUUUUUAUCUGGUUUCCAAGGGAACAGAACUAGAAAGGUAACCAACAGUCAAAUUCUGCAGGAGGGGAGGGGACGGUACUUGCACUCAUACUGCCCUCACCGCUGUAGGCAGAAUUGAAUGUCUUAAGAAAAACAUAAACAAAACCUCAACUUCUGAAACUGUUCCUCAAAGCCAAGCCUUCUAAGUAGUGACCCAGAGUCAUCCAAAGGAGCUGAAGUGGCCUCGCCUUUGACCCCCAGAAGUGCAGCCACCCACAAAGCAGGAAGGCAUGUGGGAAAGCCGGGCUGGAGGACAGAGGCCUCCCGGCAGCAGCUUUGUGUGCCCACCCUCAACGCCGAGACACAGAGCCGCUGACUCCGGUGCUGAGGAACGGCAGGGAGGAGAGGCCCAGGCACUGCAGGGGAGGGGAGGGGAGGCCAGGCUCCACGUAAGGCUGAAUCCUUUGGGAACCCCUGCCCCGUCCCCACCCACAGCCCCCCCUGCUGCCAGCCACAUGGCCCGUGGCCCUGGGCUCUGCUGUGUCCUGUGGUCCAAGUCAUUAGUCUUGAGCAGGAGUGUCCACAGCUCUCCUCUUUAUGGAACAAUCUGAGACCCUCUCUGGGCUGUGGCACUGGUGGGACACCUGUCUCUGCCCUCAUGCUGGUACCACCGCCCCUCCUCACUCAGGAAGAGCCGGAGGCGACUUGCCCCUCGUUACAACCAAAGCUGAAAACAAGGAAAACCUCCUUGCCUGAGAGACACUGGACACUCCCUCCUUCUCUGUCUCUGUCGACCCUCAGCUUUUUACAGCCUCCUUGCCACAGUGCCCCGAGUCACCCCAUUUUCCCAGGGAAGCACCACAGCUGGAUCCCCCCGGGCCAAGCAUGAGGACUGUGUAUUUGUGCCCGACCUGAGACACCAGAGCCACUGCAGAUGCUCCCAGGGGCCAGCAGCGGACAGGUCUCAGGGUGCAGACCCUUGGCCCAAGGUGUCUGGGGGGAGGGUGCUGGGCCAGGCGGGAAUCAACAGGCAAAACUGGUAGACACACGAGCGGACUCAGGACUGAGGCUGGAGUGUCAUGGGGCCAGCGUGGCGAAGGCUGCGUCCACACUCUGACCCCUGUGAGUUCCAGAUUUUGCUCUUCUGACGUCCUGUCCUCUCCCAUGUAACAGCUGGCUUAGUCUCCACCCCUCUCCUGUCCCUGCCCCUCGGCUGGGGUCCCUGGGCGGUUAGCGCAGACACCCGCGCCUGAUGAUCGUGGCCGCGUGCACCACCAAGUGGACACUCAUCAGGUAACACGAGGAGACCCGGAUCUGCUGCCUCCCUCUACCCCUCAUCUUUGGACCCACUUCGCAUUCUUAACUUCAAAUUCAAGAAGUUUUUUCCUCCAUUGCCAAGUGGGGGUUGUCACUAAGGUUACAGGCAUCCAGAGGACUGAAAGGGGCUGCCUAUUCCGCAACACUAAACGUGUGGCUGCCAGAAAGCCGAAGAUGCUAUAAAAUGACCCAAUUAUACUGCAGUGCAUUCCAGUAUUUAAAAUAUUAUCUUGUAAACGUAUUGAGCGCUUACAAUGAAAGACAGUUUUACUCCCCUGGCCCUGGAACUGAUGUUCGGCUCACAUAAGGUUGUUAAAAGAGCCCAGGGAAAUAUGUAAUACAGUCAUUUAAAGAGAUUUCCAGGAAGAAUGGGGAAAGUUUUGGCAUUCAAAUCGGUUUGGAAAAUGUCAUGGCGAACAGCUGCCUGAUAGCAAGGCCUCUAGAGAAGUAUGUGAAGUCACGUGUUUGUUAUGUUCUCUGGUUGUGUUCACGUGUUUCAUCUGUCCGUGCCUCUCCUGGCCAGCUGUCUGUUUCUGCAUCACUCAACAGGACUCGAGUUUAACUGUCUAAAACAGCUACAGCCCCACUUGUACAGUCGCUGUGGGAGCAGCUCAUGGUGGCAGAGUCUAGAAAGGCCUGAAGAAGAAGAAAGGGAAGCGUGGAAAGCUGAGAGCCGCUGCGGCUGCAGAGACGGGUCAGACCUGGCUGCUGGGUCCCUCCCCCGAGCCCCACACUCCACCACUUGGGGCCUGGGGCCUCUUCCUUGCCCCACACCGAAGUCUCUUUUCUCAGGUUCCCUACCCAAGCCUCUGCCUCAGUCCCCAGGGAAUCAAAACUCAUUGGCAUCUUCAGAAUUAGCUACUCAGAGAAGGAGGCUUUCCUCUCUAUGCUGUCAAAUAGCUUCCCCAGUCUGAUCGCCACCCUCCCCUCCCCCAAAUCAGGACUUGCAGAAGCAGUGUGGGAAAGUGCUGCCUGCGGCUGCAUAGUGGAAAGCACUGUCAACGCCCUGCCCACCCAAGAACAGAUUUCUGCAUUAAUAAAGGCUGCGUAUCACUCAAGUCUUGGCCCCUGUCAAACAGCAGGUGAUAACCCUGUCCUUCAAAAGAGAUGGCAAUGCUUGACCUAUUUUUCGGGGCUCUUCUGGACAGCAGCCUCCAUCUCUGGCAAAGAGAAAGGCCUGGUGUCAGGGGAGCCUUGGAACCAACUAUGUGCAUUCUGAUCCAUCCUGGGAGUAGCCGGGCCCACCCGUGCCCAGUGGAGCCUGGCGUUAGUGACUGAAGCAGGAGGUGGAGACCUGGGGCUCCGGGGGACCUGUGUGGGCACUAGGGCCUGGAAGGACGUUACAGAGGGGGGAAGUAUGUCUUCAGUCCCUGGAUUCUGGGAGCUUCACAGAAGGAGCCCCCCACCAAGAUGUGUGGGACAUCUGUUUACAGUGGGGUGAGGAGUCAGGGAGAAGUUUUCCUGAUUCACUUCCCAGCCCUGCCUGCUUGAGGCUGGCACAGAGCCAUUGUUGAUUCUCCUGAGAUCACAGAGGUGGCUGCACAGGCCCCACCCACUCCCUCCAGCCCUGGUUCCCCUGUCCGGUGCCAAGCCCCCAAGCGCCCUUGGAAGCUGCUGGCCAGGACUCAGGGGUCUGUGGGAGCUGAGGGGUGGCACCUCCCAUGCUCCCCCAGGAACCAUUAGGACAUGAAGGUCAUAGGCCUCCCUUUUCUUCCUGUUUCCAUUUGCCCUGAAUGCCUCCACCCCAACAGUGGUGGGCCCCAGGCCCUAACUGCCUCAAGGAUCCAAUCUGAAAAGAUGCAGGCUGGCCGUACCUGCCACGCGGACCAGAGGCGGGGUGUGUGGGGGUGAGUGGACUGGCUGGUGUGUGUACAUAUGUGCACAGCUCAGGAGUGACGGCCCUGGCCUAGCGGGAGGUGGCCAGGGAGGUACACAGGGGCCCCAGCUCUGCCCCUCGCUCUGCCCCUCCUCACUUCUGCUCUUGGGACCCAAACCAGAGGAUUUGGUCUAGACGAGCCUCCUCAAAUUAUAUGUAUGUAUGUGAAGGCCGUUGCUCUGGGAGGGGCCAUAGCUUUCAUCAGUGCGCCCAAAGCAUAAGAACCUCAGCUCUAAAACCCUCUGACCCAGCCUGACUGCUUCAGAGCCUCAGUUGGGCUCACAGCAGGUUCAGACUUGGCAAGGAGAAGCAGCAGAGGGGACACAGGCAAUCCUUAGAGCCCUGGGUGAAAGCUUCUUCAAAGGUCCCUUGAGAAGGUUUCUCUGGUGCCUGGGGGCAGCAGUGAACUCUGGUGGGCAGGAAACCCUGAGGGGAACUAGGAGGCCAGCCUGUGGCCUGGUGAGGGAGGACAGGACUUCUGGGGACAAUGAAGGGAUUUGGGAGGCCCUCAGGGACCUGAGUUCUCGUCCCUUCUGCCCCAAUUCAAGCAUGUUCCCUCGGUCUUCCCUUCCCUCCUGUGGGAUGGAGGGACAGGCCCACAUGCUCUGUUGUCUGGCUCAGGCCUGUCUCACUCUCCUCUUUCCUGUCCUAGGCCUUGGGUGGGUGGCAGGCCCCUUCCUGCUGGCCCUCUGCCCACCCUCUCUCUCUGGCCCUACGCAGCCCCUGCCAAUCUGUGAAACUCCCAGGAGCCUUGGCCCUCUCCAAGUCCGCUGGGAGGCCCUGGGCCGAGCCGAGAGCCCAGGGCCCUGAGAGGAGCAACCAGCAGUGAGGAAUUCCAGAAUCUCUUCCAAGGGAGACCCCUCCAGAGACCCCCCCCCAGGAAGAGAGCACCAAACCACAGGUGCAGGAGCCCCUCAUGGAGCCCCCAGGCCGGCAGCCUCUGCAGGAGCUCUCCAUGAAACAGGCCCCACCUGAGGACUCAAGCAUCCAGGCGGCUCCCAGCAGGCAUGUUCUCUAUGUGGGCCACCUGAACCCUCAAUUCUCGGUGCCUGUGCUCACCUGCCUGCUGCGAGACACCCUGGAGCGGCUCGGGCUGCCGGUGGAGCGGGAGCACAUUGAGGUGGUGCGGCGGCCACACAAGGCCUACGCGCUGGUGCAGGUGGCCACCCACAAGGACACCCUGGCCUCCCUGCCCUGGCGCCUUCACACAGCCUUGGAGGAGCACCAGAUCAUCAAGGAGCUGGUGGCCCGCGGGAAGGAGCUGGUGUUGGGUGAGGGCCGGGAUCACUCAACCUGCAGAGAGGAGGAGGACAGUGGCCCGAGCCCUGGCCCUAGCCCUGGUCCCAUCCCGGGCUCCAGUCUCCCACCGACCAUGCUUGCCCACCCUCCUACUUGGGCCCUGGCCCCGUGGCAGCGGAGCCCCCAGGGCUGGCCCAGCGGCACACGCUCAGACAGUGCCAUCGUGCACCAAGAGAUCCUGGGCCAGGAGCGCCUCUUCCAGGGCGCCUUUCUGGGCAGCGAGACACGCAAUGUGGAGUUCAAGCGGGGCGGCGGCGAGUACCUGAACCAGGCCUUCAAGCACCACCUGCGGCGCUAUGUGUGCGCCUUCCUCAACAGCGAGGGCGGCAGCCUGCUGGUGGGCGUGGAGGACAGCGGCCUGGUGCAGGGCAUCCGCUGCAGCCACCGCGAUGAGGACCGCGUGCGCCUGCUAGUGGACUCCAUCCUGCAGGGCUUCAAGCCCCAGGUCUUCCCCGAAGCCUACAGGCUCACCUUCAUCCCCGUGGUCAGCACCGCUGCCACCAGCACCCCUCUCAAGGUGAUCCGCCUGAGUGUGCACGCCCCCAAGGCCCAGGCCGAGCCGCAGCUCCACGAGACCGACCAGGGGGAGGUGUUUCUGCGGCGAGACGGGAGCAUCCAGGGCCCGCUGUCCAUCGGCGCCAUCCAGGAGUGGUGCAGGCAGAAGUGGAUGGCUGAGCUGAGCAAGUUGGAGGAGAGGCUGAAGGUGAUGACAGCGGAGAAGGAGCAGCUCCAGCAGCAGCUGCAGCUGCAGCAGCGCAGGUCCAUCUCCUGCACCUGCUGCGUCCUGUGAGGGCCCCAGCGCUCUGCCUGGAAGAUGCAGGGACUUCUUAUUUGAGCCCUGGUCCUCCCAAUAAAACCAGUCUGGGCUGCUCAGAGGUGGAUGGGAGCACUGCACUUCCUGGUUCCUUCAACAACAGUGUGCACCCACAGGCUGGUCCCCACGCAGUUUCAGUCCUGAGCCCCAGUGUCUGUAGCUAAGAAAUUGCUCUUAGCACAAUCCCCAAGGGGCCUUACUUUCAGAAAGAACUUAUAAAAACUUCGCCAGAGCUCUUUAUCCAUGGGCUGAACGGUAAGGGACUGUCCCUCUCCCUGAAAUGCUCAUUUGGCCCAGCUGGGGUCUCUGACUCACAUUGGCUACACAGGGCCAAAAUGGGACUUGUCAUCUGCCCCUCCUCAGAUGGCAAGGCACAUUCAGUAACUGAAGUUAUAGAGCAAACAGGCCACCCUGCACCCCCACCCUGGCUUGCUGGCAUGUGUGACUGUCUCAAAGCUCUUUAAUAAAUGACAUGCACCCAGAGCAAGAAUGCUUCUUUCUGGAACGCUUGGCUGGUUGGAUGCAGCUGGGUCAUGAGUCCACAUCUGUCCAGGAGGCCGAGCCAGCCCUGGGCUCCUCCCCCCACAGAGCUAUGGGGAAAGGACCCUCGGAUGCUUGGGUUCCAGUGCAUCUCUGCCUUGAAUACCAGGUACCUUAGGGCAAAUUGCUACACCUCAAGCAGUUUCUUCAUCUAUAGGAUAGUGACAAUAGGUGGGGCCAGCUGGUGCCCUGAUUCUCUCCAGCACAUACCAGCACCUGCACAGGAAGUGUCUGACUUCUAUUCCAAGCAACCUCCAGCCACUGGAAAGGAUUCCUGCACUAGCUACUUCCCCGGCCAUCUCCACCAGCAGACUGAGACUCAAUUAAGCCAUCGUCUGAUCAUGCCACACCUGGGCUCAAAGCCCUCCAAGAGCUCCCCAUCUCAUCCAGAGCAAAGCUGAAACAGUGGUCUGCACAGUCCCCUGCGACCUGGCCCAUCUGCCUCAACAAGCCCUGCCCCUGGCUCCUGCAUUCCAGCUACACUGACCAACUUGUUUCAUGAGCACACUUGCCUCAGGGCCUUUGCAUGGGCUGCUUCCCGUUCUGGAAUGCUCCUCCCUAAGAGAGCUGCAUGACUCUACCCUCAAGUGGAGUGGAAAGCAAUUUUCGUACCCUCCCUACUGUAAACACACCCCCUCCCAGCACUUCAGUUCCCCUCUCCUGCUUCCAGCUUUUUUCUCUGGUGCAGUUGUCAGUCACACAUGCUCUAGGGGAUGGAGAUUUUGGUCUGUUUUGUUCAGUGUUUUAGGUACGGAACCUGAAACAUAGCUGGCAUGGGGUAGAUGCCCAGUAAAUAUUUGCUGAUGAAACAAGGACACCCCUAAAUUUGCAGUCUGAGCUACUAAAAAUCAUGGAAACUUGUCAAACAGGGCAUUUCACAGGACUAGGGGUCCACGGAACACACUUCAGUGAUCCCCUUCGGUCCCCCAGCCUAGAGGUCCUUGGCCACAUCCGCAGAGUGGACACAGAGAAGCCCCCUUGGCCAGUCACAGCUACUCUGAGACUUGCUUUUCACACUUACCAAACACACACCAGUUAUAGGGACCAAGUGUGAUCAUGGAUGCCCACCUCCUGACCAGUUACCAACCCACUGAGCUCCCUGGGGUCACCCAAUCACAGGGCCUGAGCCAGCUUUUCAGAGGCCACUUAAGAACUGCAGACAGAGGAGGUGCAGCUCAGGAAGUCAGACGGGAGCAGCUGCUGACUUUUACAAAAAUGACUGAAAUCUGAUGGAACCACCAGAUGGGAGAUGGGGUUAGGAUUCACCCAUUUGGCAACAUUCAAAGUACCAAGGCCUCUGUGAAUGAAAACAUCUCAGCUCAGCCCAUGAGAAGUGCCGACAGGAGGCAGCAGCCAGGUUGCCCUCAGUCGGGUGGUGGUGUCCCUGUAUGGGCCUCUGGGCCUCAGCGGUAAUGGCGGCCGUGGCCUAGUGAGCAGAGGGUCUCCUUUCUGGGUGUCUGAUGGAGGAGCUGGGCCAAGUGGUGAGAAUCCCCUUUCUCCCAAGCCCCCCUUUCUUAAACAUCAACAAAGGCUGCUGACCCCUGACAAGCAGUCCGGCCUGAGUCCCGAGCCCUGGCCUCAGACACACUUUGUGGAGGAGCCGGCUCACAGGCAGGGGUUCUUGGCAGCCAGGGUGCAGGUCGGCCCCCUUGUCACCAGGUGGGCGCCCCCGUCACCAGUGUGACACAAAGAGCACGGAUUCCAUGUCACGAAUUUCGCUUUGGAGGAAAAACCACUGAGGACGAGGGCCUGCACUUGGGGGAGCAGGAGGCCUGGGCAACAGGGCAGUCCUGCUGGCCACUCCCUGGGCCAUGCCUGGCCGGGUGGGGGCACGUCCUUUGUAAACAUCACGUCUGUCCCCACUUUCUUCAAGUCGAGCCGCAGCCCACUUGCACCCAUGCUGCUUUGAAUCUCCAUAUGCUGAGAACCUAAAUUUGAAGCCUUGUGGGGAAAUUCUGGUUCCUGUUAAAAAAGAAAGUCUCCUUUCUUAGUUUUUAAACAAACUACAAGACCCCCUCACUUCAGGCUGCUCCCCUGGAGGAGGGCCUGGCACUGACAGCUCCGCGGACCGCACAGGGGCACGCCUGGCACCGGGCUCAGACAGUUCCCACCCGGCACGACAUGAAGGACAAUACAAAGUGCGUCUCUCGUUCUG